AUGGACGACACAAGGGUGCGAGACCGCGCGCCGCUCACCGUCAUCGUCGCGCCAAGCAACGCUUCGCCCCCCAGGCUGUCCCCUGCCGACCUCCUCCCCGACGGCGAUGCGGCGUUCCACCCUCUCUCCGCCGUCAACGGGCGCCUCACCCCGCCGGGGCUCGAGCCCGCCUCGUACGCGACCCUCACGCCCUUGCUGCCUCUGCCGCCCAUCAGCACAGUCUCAGACAAAUUCGCGUACCAUGCCGGCGGCACCUUCACGGUCAUCCAGCAGCAGCAGUCGUACGCGUCCCUAUCACCGGCUGCUUACAAUGAGCCGCUGUCCCCACAAUCGGCGUACAGCAGAAGAAGUGCGUCACCGAAUUCAUUCGAGAGGCGGUCCCCGACGCCGCCUCUUCCGAGCCCCGGCUUGGACCUGAACGCGGCGUUGAUGGCGAGGGAGGAGCAGCAGCAGCAACAGAACGACUUAGAAGAGAUAAACACGAAAGAGCUAGCGCAAAGGAUAAGUGGCGAGCUGAAGAGGUACUCGAUACCGCAGGCGAUUUUUGCACAGAGGGUGUUGUGUAGGUCGCAAGGAACGCUCAGCGAUCUGCUCAGAAACCCGAAGCCCUGGUCGAAGCUCAAGUCUGGGAGGGAGACCUUCAGGAGGAUGUGGAAAUGGCUGCAGGAGCCGGAGUUCCAGAGAAUGUCUGCGUUGAGGCUAGCAGCGGCCCAGAUUCCUCAGAGAGGCAGCUGCAAACGCAAGGAGGACAUGUCUUCGGAUACCCUUCCUUCCCCGAAGAAGCCACGUUUGGUUUUCACAGACCUCCAGCGGCGUACUCUACAGGCUAUUUUUAAGGAAACAAAAAGGCCAUCAAAAGAAAUGCAGGUGACAAUAGCGAGACAAUUAGGUUUAGAGCCUACCACAGUUGGCAAUUUCUUCAUGAACGCGCGGAGACGGUCCAUGGACAAGUGGAAAGACGACGACGCUCCGUCCACAGACUUGGACCAUCAACUGGAUGGAGGGGAUCUCGAUCACGUUCCAAGUCUGGACUCCGCUGAUUCCGAGGAAGACCACGAUGACCAGGAUGACCACCUUUUGUGACGCCGUAUCCCCCAGCACCAUCUCAUAGUCCUUUGAAUGUAGUUCAAAGUCUAUGACCACGGUGUUGGUUGGCAUUUUAUAAGGUGUGAAACCGUUCGGUUUAAGAGGGUCCGUCGCCUUCUCACUUGUCUUAACACGUUGUCAGUGCUACAAGACGGUCGCGGCUUGCUUUAUUAUUGUAUUUCGUUUGUGGACUGCGUAAGGGUUAAAUUCAAGAAUGCUUGCUUUUGUAUCGGCUGCUGCAGUUUCGAAAUACUGGGAAU